UUAGGGUACAACUAGUCCCCAAAAAGACGUCACAGGGUCAAAUCCCCUAAACACGGUCAGCGACACUGGAAAAGCGGUAGAGCAGUAGCAGUCUUAAGUUAUCAAGAAUAGAGUUAAGUUGUUCUUUUGAACUUUUUCUGCGCUCUGCAAUAAGCUGAAAAUUAAAGAUUAACACCAGUACGUAGGGUGUAGAAUUUAGGGUUUAGGGUUUAUACUAAAAAUGGCAAAACAGAAGAGUAAAACACCGAGUAAAUCACAGCCACAGUCGAAGGUCAAAGGUAAGGGCAAACCGAAGCACAGUUUGGAUGAUAACAGACGUGAUGGAGACUCAAAUAUGCGAAGCGCAGCCACUGUUAGGCGUCUUAACAUGUACGGUACCCGUCCCAAGCGUAACAGCAAAGGACAUAUUCUGCAUCACGAACUACAGUCCAAAGACUUGCCUUCUACAAGGAUUCAGCCCGACCGUCGCUGGUUUGGGAAUACAAGAGUUGUCAACCAAAAGGAGCUUGAAAUUUUUCGAGAAGAGUUACAAAGUCGCCUAUCCAAUUCUUACAAUGUGAUUUUGAAGGAGAGAAAGCUUCCAUUAUCAUUGUUAACUGAUCACCAGAAGCAAACAAGGGUACAUCUCCUGGACACAGAGGGUUUCCAGGAUACAUUUGGGCCAAAGCAGAAAAGGAAACGGCCAAAAAUUUUGGUUGAUGACUAUGAAGCUUUGGUUCAAAGAGCUUCUGGAUCACAAGAUGACUUUGAAAACCAGGCAAUUGAUCAGACUAAGACAGAAGCAAGUGGUGAAGAUGGUUUUAGGGAUUUAGUUAGACAUACUAUGUUUGAAAAAGGACAGAGUAAACGUAUUUGGGGUGAACUUUACAAAGUUGUGGACUCCUCAGAUGUGGUUGUGCAGGUCUUGGAUGCAAGGGACCCUCAUGGCACACGGUGUCAUCAUCUUGAAAAACAUUUAAAAGAAAAUUGCAAGCAUAAGCAUCUUAUUCUUUUGUUAAACAAGUGUGACCUUAUCCCUGCAUGGGCCACGAGAGGGUGGUUACGUGUACUCUCAAAGGAACACCCUACUCUUGCCUUCCAUGCAAGCAUCACGAACUCAUUUGGCAAGGGUUCACUUCUUUCACUUCUUCGACAGUUUUCUCGGAUGAAGACUGAUAAGCAGGCAAUAUCUGUGGGCUUUAUUGGGUAUCCUAAUGUUGGCAAAUCAUCUGUAAUCAAUACUCUUCGAACCAAAAAUGUAUGCAAAGUAGCACCUAUACCAGGAGAGACAAAAGUAUGGCAGUACAUCACUCUUACAAAACGCAUUUUCUUAAUAGACUGUCCUGGGGUUGUCUACCAUAACCAUGAUUCUGAUACAGAUAUUGUGCUCAAGGGAGUGGUUCGUGUUGCAAAUUUACAAGAUGCAACUGAACAUAUUGGUGAGGUUCUUCGUCGAGUGAAGAAGGAUUACCUCAAAAGAGCAUACAAAUUAAAGGAUUGGACUGAUGAAGAAGAUUUCCUCAGUCAAUUGUGCAAAGUAUCUGGCAAGCUUUUGAAGGGUGGAGAACCGGAUUUGAUGACUGCUGCAAAGAUGGUUCUUCAUGAUUGGCAGAGGGGCAGGAUUCCUUUCUUUGUACCUCCUCCAGAAGUUCAAGAUCACCAAGCUAAUGAGCUUUCAGGUGAAAUUCCUCCUGUUAGUGACAACACUGAAAAAAUACCUAGGUCUAAAGAGGUAGAUCAAGCCGCUACUGUAAAGGCUAUUGCAAACAUUGUUGCUAACCAGCAACUUAAAAAGGUUCCAGUGCAACAGAACUUCUUUACCCAUGAAGAUGAGAGAAUUGGAGAUGAUAAAGAUGGUGUAUAUGAGGAAAGUAAUGAUGUUACUAAUUUGUCUGAAUUUGUGAAUUCAAAUGAUCAAACUCAAGAUGCUAAAGCUGUUCAGGUAAGUCAAGAGGAUACCUCAAACGUGAAAGAUGAUGAUGAUGAGGAGCCAUCUCUUACAUGGGAAGAAGUAUUGGAAAGUGUUAAGGCGAGUAUGGGUGCCAAGAGUUCAACAUCAGCAAAUGUGGCUGAUGACAGUGGGUAAAGAAAUUUUAUUUUUGUUUGUAGACAAAGUUGAAACCAUGCAGCUUUUUCUUGAAGUUUUUUUUAGUUCCUGACCUAGCAGGGUAACUCUUGUGAUGGAUAAGUGAUAACUGGUUGUUAUUCUUAUUAAUUUCCAACCAAUCAAAAUUUUGUAUAAUUUAUUUAUCAACAGGAACAUUUGUUCGAUUAAUGCGAACAUGUGAAUUCGUUAACCAAAAAAAUUAUGAAAAUCAAUUAUUUAAAAUG